AUGUCAGAUGCAGCAGCCAUGGAUGCCAGCUCCAAAAUCACCACCAAGGACUCAAAGGAGAAGAAGGAAGUUGUGGAGGAGGCGGAGACUGGAAGGGACACACCUGAUAAUGGAAACACUAAUGAAAAAAAUGGGGAAAAGAAGGCUGACAAUGAGGUAGAUGAAGAAGAGAAAGAAUGUGGGGAGGAAGAGGAGAUAGAAAGAGAUGGUGAGGAAGAGGGUGGAGAUGAUGAGGAGGCUGAGGCCACUACGGGCAAGCAGGCAGCUGAAGAUGAGGAGGAGGAGGAGGAUGUGGACACCAAGAAGCAAUAG